AUGGCCAAGUCGCUCUUCGUGGUUUUCCUAUGUAUGUCGUCAGCGAUCGAGUGUCAUAAUCGUCAGAAAGGUAUUAAAAAGGAACUACAAGUAUGGCAAGCGACGAGUGGCGGUUCAGUCUUGCGAGAGGAAGUCAAUAGACCUGGUGUGAAUAAGGCGGAUAACGACGUUACAAGUUCUGAACGCUCCGAAACUCACCACACAAGACUAGUAAAGACUGUAUUAACGAAUUGUUCAAAUCUUAAUACAGUCCAAAAUAUCAACAUGCCUACGUCGCCCAUUGACACAAAAAAUUGUUCUGAAAGUGUAAACAACAUUACGAAUUGCUCCGAAAAUGAAGUGACAGCAAAAAAGGAUGGUAACUCUACGUCGCCAGAAAAGGAGCACAAAAGUAACUCCCUCGUACCACCUGUGCCUGUGAGUGGUCAAAACGUUUCAUUCGUGGACAGAAGUUCCUUUGAAGGCGACGAAUGCCCCACAGGCUAUACAAAGAUUAAUAAUAAAUGCGUGAAGAUUCACAAGGAUUAA